AAGUGGCUUCCGAGUUCACUAGUGAGCUGCGGCAUCGGUCAUGUCUCCCGGUGAUGACCCGUCGUCUGGCGCAUCGUCUGCAGAAAAAGACGUAACAGCGGUUGUGCCUAUUCAAGAUGCCGAAGCGCCUGGCGUAUCACCCGCAGAAGAGGACAUAACAGCGGUUGUGCCUACUCAAGAUGCCGAAGCGCCUGGCGUAUCACCUGCGGAGCAGAAGGUGAAAACGGCACCGGUCACGUCGCCCGGUGAUGACCCGUCGUCUGGAGCAUCGUCUGCAGAACAGGGCAUGACAGCGGUUGUGCCUAUUGAAGAUGAGGCGUCCGAUAUAUCGGAAGAAAAGCUGUGGGAUCUGUGUCUUUUUCUCCACUGCGACCCGAAUGGGCGCCCGUACAAAAACUCGGAUUUUCUGAGUGCACUGGAAGAACUUAGAAUGGAAAACGAAUUAGUUGGCAUCGGGCCACUGACCUUCUGCAAAGCAUGGCUGUUGAAGGUGAAGACAAGGAAGGCUUGGCAAAAGCUUGCGCGCAAUGCUGCAAUGCGUGUGAAAGGGAUGUAUUGCGCAAUUAGCGUUCCCGGUGAGCGCGAGACUUGGAUGAAGGUUUGCGAGGUGCCAACAUCGCGCUCGAAUUUGCAGUUGGAGCGCGAACUCGCGCGUCGCUUUGGUCGUGUAAAAAGGGUCAGCUGUCAGAUGUGGUCUUGGCGAGAAUUCGGAAAAGCCAACUCGACUACCCGUUACGUUCGCCUGUGCCUGAAGAAAGGGCUGGAAGAGAAAGAUAUACCGCACCUGUGGACCUGUUUCGAGCACGAGAGAUAUCCCAUCUUUGUCACCGGGAGACCACCGCUGUGUCUCCGAUGCCACGCCGUAAGUCAUCUGAAGCAUGAAUGUAAGCAGCCACCGUGCACCGGCUGCGACAGACCCUUGCAUUACUCGUGUGCGUCUUUCGGUGAUGGAGGUGAACCUCUGACCAGUGCCGCCGAAGAGAACCAGAAGGUACCGGUGAAACCCGGAGACGUGCAAGUGGCCCCGACUGAGGCUUGCGGUAGUGAAGAGCAAAGCGUGAGCAACCAAGAAACUGCACCAGUCGUCGAGGAAACACCGGCCAAAGAGCCCCACGAAGUCACCGGACCCGAUACGGAAACUGGGAGCACCAGCACUGUUACCCGCCGAGGAAGCAAUGCCGAAGGGGACGUUACGUGCAGUUCUGGAGUAGCAAAAUAACCGAACGCUCUUCGCAGCCGUCGUAUCCGCAAGGAAAAGUCGUGGGAACCACGUCGCUGCUUUCUCUCCGAAAUGAACGAUGGCGUGCGACAACGGAACGUUCUUUCGGCAAGAAAACGUGGCUUGUCUGGGACAUUGAGUAAAUGUUUUUCAAACUGCGCGACUUUCUUUUGCGGAUACCGUGGUUAAGAGCGAGCGACAGAUAUAUAAUGAUGAGCUCUUUUGCUGACAUUUGAUUGUGUGCUAAGGGAAAAGAAUGAGGGACGGAAUAAUCUGUCACACGAUGGCCGUACCCUUUGUAACCGAGUUGCCACAGACUGAGCGGCCAGGCCAAAAAUUGCCAUGUAACCCGUUAGAAACGUCAAUAAAGAAAUUCAGAAC